AAGCUGGCCUCCACUGCUCCACUGAUCACUUCACCAUGGAAUCUGUCUUCACCUCCUCCAGUCCUACUACGUAUCAGGACUUGAACCUGUCGUUCUUCAGUCGGCGUGAUCCGAACUCCACGUCUCCAUCUCCUCCCAACCCACCAAACUUCGUAUUGUCCUACUUCACCAUGACCUUCGGGAUCCUCUCCAACCUGAUCGGUCUGGCCAUUGUCUCGGCAACCUACACCCGCUACCACCACCGAGCCAAGACGCCGUUUCUGAUGCUAGCAGCCGCUCUGCUUCUGAGCGACCUGGCAGGUCAUUUGGUCACUGGUGCAUUCGCCUUGCACCUGCACCUCGUUAGAAUCAGGAGGCAACAAGCACUGUGCAGGGAGCCAAGCAAACCCCCUCAGGCUUUCUGCAAACUCUUCGGGGCCUGCAUGGUCUUCUUUGGCCUGACUCCUCUCCUCUUGGGUAGUGCCAUGGCUGUAGAACGCUGUGUGGGCAUCACGCAGCCUCUCCAGCACUCUGCUUUAGCCACGACAGCCCACGUUCGCCUCGGUGUCCUCCUGCUCAUAACUGUAGCCUGUACCUUAGCGGCGCUCCCCUUGUUCAAUGUGGGUACCUAUGAACCUCAGUUCCCUGGUACCUGGUGCUUCCUUCCUGUGCACGGCGCUCUCUCGAGUGCUGACGUCGGCUUGGCAUUGGCCUUUUCCAGUCUGGGCCUGGCAGCUCUAACAGUCUCUGUACUGUGUAAUGCUGUAAGUGGGCUGACAUUGCUGCAGGCCAGGUUCAACAACCAAGGGGCAAAACUGACCACCUCCAGGAGACGCAGAUCGUCAAUGUCGUCUGUGCAUUCGCUGGAUGUGGAGAUGAUGGUGCAGCUGGUGGUCAUAACCGUGGUGUCCUCUGUCUGCUGGAGUCCCUUCCUCAUUUACAUAUCCAUGUCAGUGAGACAUUUCUACAGAGGAAACGUCAAUACAGAACCGCAGUACGAGUGGCUGAUGCUGCUGGGCUUGAGGAUGGCAUCCUGGAACCAGAUCCUUGACCCGUGGGUGUACAUCCUCCUGAGACGGGCCGUGCUGAGGCGGGUGUGUGGUCUGCUGUGGCCCAGCAGGGUCAUUUUAACUCAGAGCAGCUCAUGUAGGAGUGCAGAGCGACAUGAAAUCAAUUUACACUGA